AUGUCACCUAACACAAUAAUGUACGAGGAAACUGAAUCCAUUCGAGCGGAAAGCAUCAAAUUCUCCGGUUUCUCUAAUGAUAGUCUCAAAUACUAUAAUGAAAAACUAGCGAAAUUAUCUCCUCAAGAAAUCUUAGCAUGGGCCAUCGAACAUCUACCAGGUUUAUACCAAACGACGGCCUUUGGACUUACAGGCUUAGUUGCUCUUGAUAUGAUAUCUAAAAUCAGUCUGGAAAAAGCCAUGGAAAAAGGAACCAGACCUAAGCAUUUAGUCCCACUUAUUUUCCUUGAUACGCUCUAUCAUUUUCCUGAAACUGUUGCCCUCGCGAACCGAGCAGCUUCUCAUUACAAUGCACCAUUGUAUAUAUUUAAACCGGUCAACUGUGGAACUGUCCAAGAAUUUGAAAGUCAAUAUGGACAAAGAUUGUGGGAAACGAAUGAAGAUAGUUACGACUAUCUGGUGAAAGUAGAACCGUCAAGAAGAGCUUAUGAACAACUGGGUGUCAAGACAGUAAUAACGGGAAGAAGACGAAGUCAACGAGGGGAACGAGAGAAUAUAAGUAUCUUGGAGAAGGAAAGGGGAACUGGUCUUCUAAAGUUGAAUCCUUUGGCAACUUGGGAUUUCAAUAGAGUUUGGACUUAUAUCAGAGCGAAUGAGGUCCCAUAUAAUCCGUUAUUAGAACAAGGGUAUCGUUCAAUUGGCGAUUGGCAUAGUACCAAACCAACCAAUGAUUCAUCUAACGAAAGAUGUGGCAGAUGGGAGGGAAAACAAAAAAGUGAAUGCGGCAUGCAUAAGGACUAUUUCAAAAUGCGCGCAGCAUUCAUGGCUGCUCAGAAAAGAAGACAGACAUUCGAAAAUUCUGAAAAUAAAAUAAUCUGCUAA